AUGACGCAGGUACUCGUCCUUCGCAGUGGGUGUCGGGUGGGCUUACCGGUUGUCAGCAACAGAGAGGAAAAUGAUGGGGGAUCAGUUUUGCUUGGUAAUAAUGGUGCUUGUGAUGUAAAAGGAAUUGGGUCAGUUCGAAUUGCAACAUGUGAUGGAAUGAUCGAAAUUCUUACAAAUGUAAGGUAUGUUCUAGAACUCAAACAAAAUCUAAUUUCUCUGGGCAAAUUAGAUAGAGCAGGUUAUUCCUAUAAAUCUGAGAAUGAAGUUUUGAAGGUUAUCAAGGAUUCUUUGGUUAAGCUAAAGAGGACCUUGAGGAAUGACCUUUAUGUAUUGGAGGAUUUGUGGGGUCCUACAAAGGUACCUUCUAUGGGGGGUUCGAGAUACUUCAUUUCGAUCAUUGAUGAUUUUUCAAGAAAGAUGUGGGUGUAUCCACUAAAACAGAAGGAUGAAGCUUUUGGAAAAUUUCUUGAAUGGAAAAAGCAGGUUGAGAACCAAACCGGCAGAAAGGUAAAGUAUCCGAGGACAGACAACGAUUUAGAAUUUAUGAAUAAAAAAUUUGAUAAUUUUUGCAAAUCUGAGGGAAUUACGAGGCAUUUCACUGUUAUGUAUACUCCACAACAGAAUGGUUUAGUUGAGAGCUUCAACAGAACAAUUAUGGAGCAUAUAAGAUGUCUCUUGACGAAUGCUUCAUUACCCUUGAAGUUUUGGAGGGAAACUGCCCAAACAGCCUCUUAUGCUCGUGUUAAGGAAGGGAAGCUGAACAAGAGGGCAUUGAAAUAUAUGUUUAUUGGCUAUCUUCAGGAGAUGCCAUUUUGUGUCAAAGAGCAGCAGAAACAACAAAUAGUUGAUCAGGUUGAGGCAGAGAGGACUUUGAUUGAUGAGGGAGCUUUCGGUGAAAAAAGCUCAAGUAGCUACCUACAGAACUAUCAGCUUACACGUGACAAGCCUCAGCGGGUGAGACAGGCUCCUACGAGGUAUGGUUAUGCUGAUUUAGUUGCUUAUGCUCUUACUUGUGCAGUUGACAGUAUUGAAGGAAAGCCUCUUACUUUUGAGGAGGCAAUUGUAUCUGAUUCGAAAGAACAAUGGAAGGAUGUUAUGGAAGCAGAGUUGUUCUCAUUGCAGAAGAAUCAGACAUGGUCACCAAGGCUUCCUAAUCAGAAACUCAUUCAAUGGGCGUCACCACAACUUUCCUUCAUGGUGAAUUGGAGGAAGUGA